GCCAUCAUCAACUAGCAAAAGAGGAAUUAUUCCUUGAGCCUAUAUCUGGCCUCACCCUUGUGAUAUGCUCGUUCAAGAUGGAGUUGGGAAUCUUACGUGUACUUUUGGUACGACAUGGAAUGAGUGAAGAUAAUCAAAAUGCUAUCUGGGCAGGUCACAGAGAUUCACCGCUAUCCACAACAGGUGUCAAUCAAGCCAAGUCAUUGGGUUUAUCUUUGGCAGAUUACAGCUUUCAAGGUAUCUAUUCUUCUGACCUAAAGAGAGCAAGCAGUACUGCCGAAGCCAUCCUUUCUGCCAAUCGUACAACACCUCCUCCACCUCUUGUGCAAACGCAAUCGUUACGUGAACAGAAUUUCGGUCAAGCAGAAGGUAGGAAUUGGAAUGAUGCAGAGUUGGUAAACCUGACAUCAAACAUGCUGGGUGAAGAUGCAAGAACAUUCAAAUUUCCCGAAGGAGAAUCAUUGGAAGAUGUGAAUGCAAGAAUGGCAGCUUCUUUAAGACGAUACGUUUUACCUCGUUUAGAAGCACUUCGAUCGGGAAACGAACGUGGAGAACCACAGAUUGUCAUUGUUGCACAUGGAAUUGCCAUAGCAGAAAUGUUGAGAGUUUUGAUUAACUUACAUGAAUCAAGCGAUAAUGGUCCUUGGCCUGAUCCUCAUGAAUCCUACAAACGUGUUCGUUUGGAGAAUACUGGAUGGACAUUGGUAGAAUUGGCUGUUCCUCAUCUGGAUCCAGAGAAUACACCCAACAAUACUUUGUCGGAAAGCGUUCAACGACGAGUGUACUAUGUUCGAAUCGUUCAACAGAAUGUAACGGAUCAUUUGAGAGGUUCGCUUCUGCCUGCACCUAUACAACAUAGCGUACCAUUGGUCGGAGGAGCGAGUACAUCGAGUACGGCAGGUUCAUUGCUAGGUGGCGGUAGUGGAGGCAAUACCGUUGCUACAAGUGAUUCUAGUCAUUCCCUUGCCGCAACGGCUGAUAAUGGCCCAACAUCACCUUCGGUUGCAUUCCUAACGUUGAGACCUGUCAUUCCAAGCAAAGCAAGGGAUGAUAUUGAGCGAUCGGCAAGCUUGUUAGGAUCUUCUCUAAACUCUACAGUAAAUCAAGCAACUACUCCAACAGCAUCGCUGGCCAACAUAGUCAUCCCUUCUGCGGUGAUGAUCAGUGGUCCUGGAGCAUGGAACGAGCUUUGGCAAACGCUUUGCUUUCAAGUUGUGACACUGUUUAACAGUGAAGAUCCGCGGAUCAUCAUCGAAGAGGUGAACGAAAAUGUAAGCGACCAUGUUCGAAGAUGCCUGGAGCGAAGUCCUGCUCGAGCAUCAGAUGCACUGAUGAAAGAUCUUUAUUCUUUAUGUACGACCGGCAUUUCUGUUCUUAACGCAAAGCUAGACCAAAUACCAGGAUCAGAGGAUGUUCGAUUAUUGGAAGCUUUGGUGGAUAUUUGGAAAAGAUUUCAUUGGAGAAUCUUGCCUUACUUGGAAGCAUUCUUUAUACCCUUGCAAACUGAUGCAACUCUCGUCAGCUUGACUCGCGGCGGAGACAAUCCGAAUUCAGCUUUGCGAACUGAGCCGAUCAACGUUUCACGUAUCAUUUUGACCGUCUUUCGAGAUCAAUUACUCCUAACACGAUCGGAGAGAUUGUUUAUGGCGUUUGUACAGAUGGAGGAGCUGGAGAAGAAGCAUACGGCUAUGCUUGCAAACGGUACGAGUAAAGUACGCAGCAGUGACGAUCUUGAUGAUAUCUUGGGAAGUGAAGGUGAAGGAUAUGAUGAUGAAUCACAACAGAUAUACCCAAGACUUGCACAAAUGACGCAUAUUUUAGUCGGAGUACAAAGUCAAGAUGAAAAACAACAAGAGAUGGAUAAUUUGGUAAGAGCUUUACGUGCUGGACACGAAAAUAAAUUUGAAGAUAAGAUUACCGUCAAAGCAGCAGGCGUAAGUGGAUUGGGUUUGGGAAAUUCUUCUUUGACGGCCGAUUUGAGUAACGGAAGUGGAUUGUUAUCACGUAAUGCAAAGAGACAACAAGCAAGGCAAGGCUGGCUACCAAAGAGUGCAUCAAAGAAAGGGAAUUUAUCAACGUCCAAUGCAGCUGAUUCGGCUGGAGAUGCGAACGCUACUGAAGAAUCCUCACAAUUGACGAGUGCCGCUGCAGGCAAGGAAGAAAGUGUCUUUCUAUCUUCUUUGCGAUCACCUACGAUCGAUGAAGAUGAGGUUGGCCAAGCAGGAGGCGUGUCGGAUGCACACGAAGUUCAAAGUGGUGAUGUUCACAAGGUGUCGCCCUUUGUUGAUGACGAAGUGGACGACAUUCAUGCAGAUCAAUCUCGAUCUGGAUCAUUUGCAGACACGUCAUUCAGAACGCAAGGAUCUGCGAAUGUCGGAUUAGGAUUACCGAUGGAUCAAAUGGGUGAUACAACGUUUGGAUGACAAUGUAUGUGUUUGAUAGGAACCACUUUUUAUGUAUUGUAGAGAAGACGUUUCAAUAGAGAUGAAGAAUUGUUCAUGACUAC